CUCCAACAAGGUCCGCCGUUACCCCAGAUUAGCCCAGAUCCACAUCUCCCGAUUCCCCUCAAGAGUCUUAUUAACCCAGAGUAGUUUGUAACUCGCAUUACUCGUUCUGUAGAUUAUCUCAAUCCUUUUUGAUGAAAUGUUAAUAAUGAUGUUCGAAUUCGGCAAAAGCCGGUCCUCACUCUGCGCUGCGCGCCGUUCACGAACUCACUCGAAGACUUUCGUCACCGCAAGCAAAUUGCAAGGUAGAAACUAUGGUUAUUCCUCAAGAAUUGAUCGACUUGAUCGUUGACUUCAAUCACGACGACAGUAAGGCAUUGCGAGCAUGCGCUCUUGUCUCUCGUGCCUUUGUCGCGUCGAGUCAAUUGCAUCUUUUCUCUCGAAUCAAGCUUAUCCUAUCGAAUUCUUCCACCCGUGAGGCCAUACCUUGGAAGUUAUCUGGUCAUACCUUCCCAAGAUUCCACAGUAUGAUUUCCAUAUCAUCUCACAUCGCUCCUCUCGUCACUACAUUGGAGGUAUAUUUCGACAUCACCUACUGUCAGCGCUCGAUAGUUGAUACAACGACUUUUGUCGCCGUCUUAAAAUCCCUCACAUCCUUGAAACGAUAUGUUUUAUCAGCCGGUUUCGAUUCCAUAGACUUCAGAGGCUGCAAAGACGAGUCUCUUACCAAAGCCAUUUUCAACGAUGUCCUUUCCGCCGGCCUUGUGGAACUAUGCCUUGAUGGAGUAGAGGCUAUUCCGGAUGUUGAUAUCUUUUCAACGUCGGAGAAAUGGCCUUCGCUCAAAAGACUUUCCAUGCUAUGGUCAAGUUUUCAGCAACAAAACAUUGCAUGGGAUCUUGCAUCGUUAGAAUCUCUGAAUAUCGGGGGCCUUAACUCCUUCAUCUACCUCGAAGACUGGCUUUCAAAGAAUAACUCCUGUUCAAAACUGCGAUGGAAGAAAUUUGUGGCCAUCAUAGCUGUCAUUGCAUAAAACCAGACGACGAUGCCCAGGAUUUACUUGAUAUUUUCACACUGAGGCGAGACAUGCCAUUUUUGUCUAGCAAAGGCAUCCUGAAUAUCAGAGGAAAAUCGAAGCGUACAACGUGGGGCGGCAUACUAC